AUGGCACCACCCAGGGUCGAAGAGUACCUGGCCGAGUUGUUCUGCGGGACGAACGUGACGAUGCAGGUGGUGUCCGACCAGGAGACCCUGCUUCAAGAGUAUCCCUUGUUCGCGUGCGUGAACCGCGCUGCCUCGAUGAUCCCUCGGCACGCGGGCAGGAUUAUCUUUCUGACCUACGAGCCGCCUAAUCCCGCCUGCAUCCUCGAGACGGUCAUGCUCGUGGGAAAGGGCGUGACUUACGACACUGGCGGCACCGACCUCAAGGUCGAAGGCACGAUGUUCGGUAUGUCGAGGGACAAAUGCGGGGCAGCGGCGUGCGCCGGAUUCAUGCAGGUGGUGAAUCUACUGCAACCACCGACGGUGAAGGCUGUCGCGGCUCUGUGCAUGGUACGGAACAGCAUCGGUGAGAAUUCUUACGUCACUGACGAGGUGAUCACCGCGAAAUCCGGCGCCAGGGUACGUGUCACGAAUACGGACGAAGAUGGACACCUGCUCAUGGCCGAUGCCCUCUACCACAUGAAAAAAAUGGCCCUGUGUUCGGUUAAUCCGCAUCUCUUCACCGUUGCGACGUUGACUGCUCACGCGAUACUCGCCGUCGGUCGUGGAUACUCGAUCGCCAUGGACAACGCAGUGGCGCGUUUAGUCAGCAAUGCCGAGAAGCUUCAGGCUUCCGGGGAGACAAUGGGCGAUCCGUUCGAGAUAUCGAGAAUACGAAGAGAGGAUUUCUACUUCCACGAAGGUCGAACGGAAGGUGACGACAUUUACCAAGCACCGCCUGAGGGCAGUAAAAUGGCGAACAGAGGGCACCAAAAUCCGUCCGCAUUUUUAAUUAUGGCUUCUGGCUUGGACAAGCACGGAGCCUGUAGCUGUUCCCCCUUAAAAUACACGCACAUCGACAUAUUCGCACAUUUGCCCGAUCCUCACAACCUACCCUACAGCGGUAACCCCGUGCUCGCCCUGGCCUACUGCUAUCUAAUCCAAGGAAAGUGCCUCACCGUGCGAAACGAUCUGCCCUUUGAGAUGCAAUACGUCUGCGAGAUGGACUGCAAACCCGUCUGCCUUCAACCCUGUCAACCGUGCCAUCCACCGUGUCGUGCUCCGUGCGACGUCGAGAUCUGCCCACCGCCUAGCUGCUCCUCUUGCCCUCCGUCUACUCAACCGCGUGAUCCGUGUUGUUCUCCUGCUUGCCCACCUACUUCUUGUGCUCCCUGUCCACCGUGCGGAGAAAACGUGACCAUCGUCGAACCCGUCUGCAGGCCGAACCUUCCGAAAUGGCGAUGAUUCUGUCACAGUCGAACGAUUCUCAAACGGAAUCCAUUCGAAAAAUCGGAAACCGCGCACGUUGCUCGCGACAUGUGCCGAUAAUCGUUCCCGUUGGCUGUCGCCUAUAUGUCCUAUCUACGGAAUGCAAUCUGGGCGGGCACGAACCAGACAGGAAUCAUCGAACUUUCCAGACUGUCGAUUACCACCUUGUGACAGAGCGCAUCAUGCUCACGCGUGGAAACGCUAG